AUGGAAAACUACACCUACAACAGCUUCACACUCCACCUGGAGGGGUUAAAGGUCACACAGGACUCCAUGUACCCUGUCUUUCUCUUCUUCUUUUUCUCCUACCUGUUUAUUAUGUUUUCCAAUGUGGGCAUCGUAGCCCUGAUUUACAUUGAUAAGAGCCUUCACCAGCCUAUGUACCUGCUUUUUUGCAAUCUUUCUAUCAACGACAUCCUCGGUAACUCUAUCAUGGUGCCCCGGCUGCUUUCAGACGUGCUGGUGCCUCCCUCUGAACGCCUCAUCAGCUAUUACGAGUGCGUGGCCCAAGCCUUCACCUCCCACAUGUUCGGCACCACCUCUCACACAGUGCUCAUGAUCAUGGCCUUUGACAGGUAUGUGGCCAUCUGCAAUCCCCUGCGCUAUGCUACCAUCAUGAGUGUCAAAAUGGUGCUGAAGCUGACUGCCUGUGCUUGGGGAGUGGCCUUAGUUUUGGUGGCUGUUCUGCUCGGUCUGACCAUUCGACUGAACCGAUGCAGGACUGUGAUCACGAAUCCUUACUGUGACAACGCCUCGCUGUUUAAGCUCUCCUGCGAAAGCGUCUUCAUCAACAACGUCUACGGCCUCACCUUCACCGUGGUCUUGCUCACAUCCUCAAUAGGAAGCAUAGUCCUCACAUACACAAAGAUCACAGCAGUCUGCCUGAUCAGUAGGAACAAGUCUUUGAACAGUAAAGCCUUGAAGACCUGCAGCACUCAUCUAGUUGUGUAUCUGAUCAUGCUCGUCAGUGGAAUGAUGAACAUUAUCCUCCAUCGCUUCCCUCGGUACACAGACUACAGGAAACUCUCCGCCAUUAUGUUUCAUAUCAUUCCCGGAAGCCUAAACCCUAUUAUUUACGGGGUUCAGUCUGCAGAAAUCAGCAAAUUCUUAUCAAAGGUAUUCCAGUGCAAAAAGGUUUCCAAAACCGCUGGGCCAUCUGAAGAUUAA